UGGCUACUAAAAAACAUAACCAAACUUUUUUGUUUUGAUUUCAACAGCAUGUUACUGAUUAGUUUUUAGUGUUAUUUUUAGUAAUUAUAGCAUUAAAAAAUGUCUAAUUCGAGUGACGACGAACAAGAAACCCCGUCAGGCCCAAUAGAAAAUGCCUGGACGAUGAAAAUCCCCGAAUUCAAACAGGAACACAAUCCGCACGGGCUCCUAGAGGAAAGUUCCUUUGCCACCCUUUUUCCCCAAUACAGAGAGCAAUAUUUGAAGCAAAUUUGGCCCUUGGUUCAAAAAACCCUAAACGAAUACAAUGUGAAAGCUGAAUUAGACUUAAUUGAAGGUAGUAUGUGUGUAAAAACAACAAGAAAAACUUGGGAUCCGUACAUAAUCUUGAAAGCCCGAGACAUGAUUAAGCUUAUGUCCAGGAGUGUACCUUUUGAGCAAGCUAAAAGGGUUUUGGAAGAUGAUGUUGGAUGUGAUAUAAUAAAAAUAGGAAAAAUCACUAGAAAUAGGGAAAAGUUUGUUAAAAGGCGCCAGCGAUUGAUAGGCCCAAACGGUUGCACCCUAAAAUCAAUUGAACUUUUAUCAAACUGCUACAUUCUUGUACAAGGCAACACUGUUUCAGCCCUAGGGCCUUAUAAGGGCCUUCAACAAGUAAGAAAAAUUGUUGAGGAUACAAUGAAAAACGUACAUCCUAUUUAUAAUAUCAAGGCUUUAAUGAUUAAAAGGGAAUUGAUGAAGGAUCCUAAAUUGAAAAAUGAAAAUUGGGAAAGGUUUUUGCCUAAAUUCGUCAAUAAGAAUACUACUAAAAAGAAGCAACCUAAAAAGAAUAAGGAGAAAAAACCUUAUACACCAUUCCCACCUAAACAACCAGAAAGCAAGAUUGACAAACAACUAGAAACUGGCGAAUACUUCUUGAACAAAGAAGAGCGCAAGGCAAAGAAGCGAAAAGAAAAAGAUGACAAACACGUUGAAGCUGCAAAAAGACGUGAAGAAAAACGAAACGAGGCCUUUAUACCUCCUGAAGAACCGCAACCUUCAACUUCUAAAGCAAGCACCAAUAAAAUAGAUAUAGCUGCUUUGAAAGAAAAAAUUAAAAAGGCCCAAAAGAAAACAAAAAAGACAGAUUUUAAGUUGUAGGAUUAAAAAGGAAAUAAACUUUUUG